UCCAAGUGCAGUCGCAGUCACAAAAGCAACACAGCGGACGAGGACGAGGAUGGGAGUGCUCAAGACUUUCAUGUGUUUCCUGCUGCUGAGUGCGAGCCUCCAGCUGGGACUGGCCGCCACCGUGAUCUACCACCACCAUCCGGUCUAUCCGAUCUAUCGCCAUCCACUGCACGAGCAACAUCCUGGCUACACCAUUGUAGCGCCCCUCACGAAGAUUGCCCACGUCACCUACGACUCGGUGCCCAUCUCCCACACGCCCUUCGAGCACGUGCCCCUCUUCCAGCGCAUUGGCCACGUGAAGAACGUCCGACGGUGGCCAGAAGGGGGAUCCUAAGGGGGAUCCCUGAUUGAAAGACUUGCAAUAAAUAUAUUUAUAAUGGA